AGCAGUGGGUGAGAGGAAGGCGGGCUCAGGAAGCUCGCUUAGCUCGAUUUUGAACUGUUUUAGCCACCUAGCUGCAGACUGUAGCCUACAGUUAACCCUAGACACUGCAGUGCGGGUGCAUGAGGAUUACCAUAGUUUUAACUGGGCGUUAACCAAGAGAGAACUCUUUAAGGGCUUUAUCCCAUCACAUCCAAACCCAACAAUGUCGUCGACAUCACAGAAACACAAGGAGUUUGUGGCAGAGCCCAUGGGUGAGAAGUCAGUGAUGGCUCUUGCUGGAAUUGGUGAAGUGCUUGGCAAGAGGUUGGAAGAAAAAGGUUUUGACAAAGCAUACGUUGUUCUUGGGCAGUUCCUAGUGUUGAAGAAGGAUGAGGAGCUGUUUCGGGACUGGCUAAAGGACACAUGUGGAGCAAAUGCAAAACAGCAAGGUGACUGCUACAGCUGUCUGCGAGAAUGGUGUGACUCCUUCCUGUAAUUAGCUUUUUGGUUUUUAUUUUUAGUCUAGGUUUCUGUCAUUUCUUUUUCUGCCCCUCUCCUCCCUGUUUAUGUAUCAGGCAUGUUCCUCUUGUGUGUCCAUUCAAACCAUUGGGACACAGUCAAAAAUGCAUCAGUUAGUCCAGCCUCAUGUUAGCACUACAGUUCAGCGUUUGUUUCUGUCAUUGACAUGAAGAAAACAUUGUAUGUUUUGUGUCAUUUGGGUUUUUGUUUUUUUGUUUUUUUCUCUUCACCUUGCCUGGCUCUAUGGUUGUAUUGGCAGAAGACUUUAGUUUUGGCUAGAGCUAGACCUGUAGACCGUCAUUGUUAUCAUUGUUUUAUAGUAAUUGAUCUCUUAAGCCAAAUCCAUUUGUUAAAUGCUAUUCAACUCAAGGACUGCUGACUGUAAUUGUGUGACUUGGCUAAGAACUACACCUUCCUGAUGGUGUUCUUGAAGAAAUGGGUUCCAAAAUUUUAUGGGUUAAUACUGACAAAACACUGAAAUAUUGUAGUGUUUCUAUCUCCAUAGGCGUUAGCAAUGAUGUAAAAGGUUUUAACCAACUGUGGCUAUCUAGUAAUACAGAGUUUUAAGAGUUCACUCAAAAGAAAUGUGUGUGAAGGUGUAGUAAUGAUAAACUGAAUGGCUGCUUUUCAUUUUUAUGUCACAGUGCUCUUUUCAGUGAAUCAAAAAAUGCCUUAAUAAAGAAAAUAUUUGGUUAAUUGUGCACAUCAAA